CGCCGCCGCCGCCGCCUCACGCGCCACCGCCGUCGCCUCCAUUGGCCAGUUGUCGCCUCACACACCGCCAACGUCGCCUCAACAGCCACGCGAUGACAGGGGUUGUGCUGAAGGGCAUCAGGGAGAAGGACUUCCUCCAGUGACGCCGGCAACGAAGGCUACUUGUACUUAGAAAGCAUGUCACCAAGUUCUGGAGGUCGAAGAGCACUAGGAGAGAUUGAUUUGAACGUGGCACCAGAUUCUGGAGAUCAAAGAAUACUAGGAGAGAUUGAUUUUAAUUUGGCACCAAGUUAUGGAGGUCCAAGAGCACUAGGAGAGAUUGAUUUGAAUGUGGAGCUAGAAGAAGAAGUGAAUGCUGAAUUGCUGAUAGGUUUUAAUCAUAGUUUUGGGGCUCCAGAUGAAAAUACUUUUGAUGCUGGGAGUGCUCCGCAUGCUGAAAAUAUUGUAUUUAGGAAUGAAGUGUCUAAUGACAAACGGAGAAGAAUAUUUGAAUCUUUGCUAGCAAAAGCCAACAAUGGAAUCCUGAAGCGCCAUGUGACAACAGAAAUUUCUGCAUCAUUUGGAGUACCUAUUCGGACGAUACAACGCAUUUGGAAACAAGGUAAAGAUUGUCUUGACCAAGGUAUUUUGGUCGAUGUUUCUAGUGGAAAGUGCAGAUCUGGCCGUAAGAGAAUUGAAGUGGAUGUAUCUGGGAUUCGUGAUCUUCCAUUGUCAAGUCGAACUACGCUAGAUGAUUUGUGUGCCCACUUACAUGUGAGUAAAGGCAAGUUGCUAGCAAUGAAACGGGAAGGUAUCAUAAAACGAGUCUCAAACAGCUUGAAUCCGUACUUGACAGAGAAAAACAAGAGGGAUAGGUUAAAGUGGUGUAUAUCUAUGCUUGACCCACUGAGUAUUCCCAAUGACCCAAUGUUUAAAGGACUAUUCGAUUUUGUUUUCAUUGAUGAGAAAUGGUUCAAUAUUACAAGGAAAACUGAGAGAUAUUAUACGAUUCCAGGAGAAGAUGAGCCCACACGGACUUGUAAAAACAAGAACUUCAUUCCUAAGAUCAUGAUUUUGACUGCUCUUGCUCGACCAAGAUUUAAUUCUGAUGAAAAUUGCACAUUUGAUGGGAAAAUUGGGUCCUUCCCUCUCGUGACAUUCGAACCAGCUAAGAGAUCAAGUGUCAACCGGCCUGCAGGGACAUUGGAGAUGAAGCCGAUCGAAUCUAUUACAAAGGAAGUCACUCGAACAUUUCUGAUUGAAAAGGUCUUACCUGUGAUUCGUGCUAAAUGGCCACGUGAAGAUGCAAACAAACCCAUAUAUAUACAGCAAGACAAUGCUCGACCUCAUAUUGCACCUAAUGACAAAUUAUUUUGUGAUGCUGCCAAGCAAGAUGGGUUUGAUAUUCGUUUGAUAUGUCAACCUGCAAAUUCACCUGAUUUUAACAUUUUAGAUUUGGGUUUCUUUAAUUCUAUUCAGUCAAUUCAGUACAAGACAACAUCAAAAACAACAUCAGAACUUGUAGCUGCUGUUGAUAAGGCUUUCCAGGAAUAUUCGGUGCGUCAGUUGAACAGAAUUUUCUUGACACUUCAUCUUGUUAUGAAGGAAGCCAUGAAAGAUGGAGGUGGCAAUGGAUACGAUAUUCCACACAUAAAGAAAGGGAUGCUAGAAAGACAAGGACAACUUCCUUUGCAGAUUAGAUGUGAUGUCUCAUUGGUACAGGAGGCUAUGGCGCAGAUCAAUGAAUAAUCCCAAGGUUUCUUCUUUGGUUGAGGCUUUUCUAGAAUUUGGAUGCUGAACAUGCAGCAGCAGCAUUGUUCUAUCAGAAAUCAACAAGCACAUGUAAAAUAUCAGCAGCAGCAUUGUUCUGUCAGGGACAUAAAUAGGAGUAAAUGAUGUCAAUGUAAACAUGUAAAGAUUUUGUCAAGUUUUCUUAACAUACUGAAGCAGCAUUGUUCUAUCAUAAAUCAACAAGCACAU